AUGUGGAGUUUUAUGAUACUGACGCUUAUGCUGUUCGACAUAAGUUGUUCGUACCCGAGAAUUGAUAGACACAGAGACGUGUACGAGGUACAAGAAGACAAACCCUCAAACACUAUCCGCUUCGUAAACCCCCGUGGCGAUAACCCCGUCGUACGAGAGAUUACUUACUAUCAUCUUGUGGAGACCCCGUACGAUGCCGCCAUUGGGGGUCACAAACAGAUAGGUUCCUCCUCAUCAUCAGAAGAAGCCACGGAGAGGCCGGCGACCAACGGCCACGGGUACCCUUUCCUCGACCUGAUGCCUGAAGAUGCUGAUGAUGAAACAAUAUCUGAAACAUCUAAGGAGUUGGGAGAGAACGAGAGCAGUGACGAAAUUGUUUCGGGUGACGAUUUCAUUGCUGCAGACGAGGUAAUCAAAACUCCUGAAGUUGAUCAAAAUCAACCUACAAGUGAUGAAUCUACCAAGGAUGAGUCUGAAAAAUCUGAGGAUGAUAUUAAAUCAGAGGUGCCUGCUGAUGAAGAAACUAUUGAAGAUAUUAUUCUAGCGGUAAUAGAAGAAGACAAGAAUAACGCUGAAAUUGAAAGUGUAGUCCCUAUGGUAACAGUUGAAGAAGAAUCAAAAGCGGAAACUCCUGCAGAACCUAUAAUUGAUAUUCUUCCCCAUGAAGUUGAAGAAUCAGGCAAAGACGAAGUUAAACUCGAUGUCUCAGUAGAGCCAGAGAUUCCCAAGGCAUCGGAAGAUGAAAAGGAUACAAAUAUUCAAAGCCUAUUACCAUCAGUAACAGAGGAAAGUCUUGUAUCGUCUACAGAGUCUACUGAGGAUAUCCCGGAAGCGCCAAUACUGCCUCCUCUCAACUAUGACAGCUUACCCGAAGAUGUGAGAGACAAGUUUAAAUUUCCUGUAUUACCUAAAGGCCCUAAAAUGCUGGAAGAGCUAUAUGAAAGUGAAGCGGAUGAACUAUCUGGAAGGGCAUUGCCGAAUGGUGAAGAAGACAACGAAGAUAAACCAAACAAAUACCACGAAGAAAUGAAACAGAAAAUGGACGAUAUGUUCUCAAACAUCAAACCUGAUGAUGGAGAGCACCAGGACAUGGAUCCUGACGCUGACGGCAUCGUCAAUGUGGAGACCAAGAACGUGAGGACUUAUGGCAUGAGCCUCACCGGCGACCGCGGCUAUGUAUUCAAUAACAUGUGGAGCAAUCCGGGGUUAUCAUACAAUGUUGGAACACUAGAAACGGUACCUGAGAACAGCGGAGUUGAGGAAUCAAAACCAGAAAACCCCAUGACAUACAUUGAAGGUCAAUCGAACCCUGAAGAACCAAUAGAUGUCAGCGAAGAGGUCAAACCUCCUGUUUCAGAGGAAACGAAACCUGAAGGAGAAAUAGAAGUCACAGCUUCAGUUGAGGAGAAGGAAGACCUUGACGAUAUAUUUGUACAUAAUUCACAGCCGAUAAUAAAAACGACAACUGUAGCCCCUGAGGUGGAAAGUGAGCUAAAAACAAAAGACAGUGAUGAUGAGGUUGAUAGUAAAGUUGCCGACAUCUUGGAAGAAUUCAUGAAUAACAAAGAGUUCUGGCAGUGGCUAACUGAUUGGACGGAAAUGUACACAACGACAUUGAAAAAUUACAUCCAUAAGGUGGUAGACAAACAAAUAGAAAAGUUGGAAGAACGCCUUAAAUCUGAAAAAGCUGAACAAGAAAUGAAAGAAAAAUCUGAUGAAGGCGAAGAAAUUGACAAAGAAAUACCUACGGAUGAAAUUGUCCAUAAAAGUAUAUUUAUUGAUGGAAAACAAAUAUCUCUUACUACAACCUCAAAUUUAAACACAGAUGCAAUGGACAUAAGUGAUUUGCUUAAGUCGAGAAAACACAAGGACAAAAAGAAGGACGAAUAUCCAACUACUACUACUAUCAAACCUGAACUUGAAUUGAAACCUAUAACAAAAGAUGAAAUCAAAGUAAAUGCAGAAAAUAUUUACGGCAAUACUGUAGGCAGUGAAAAAGUUACCAAUAUGUUUUUCUUCUUCACCGGAAGAAAAGAGGAAGCAGCGGAGAAAAUAGAUUCUUUGAUAAAUAAUAAAGAAAAUAAAACUAAAGGGGAAACUGAUAAGGACAUUGAAAAUCCUGAACCUAUAGUGACCACAACAGCAGAAACGACUACGAUAUCCCAGAGUUCUACAGCAGAGAUUGCAAAAACGGAUGGUCUAAUUAUAGACGAACGCAAUGAAGAAGUAUCUACAACGACUGAAUUGCCCCUGGAAAGCACGGAACCAAAUACUUCCGAAAAGAAAACCACAGGAUCAUCUUCUAAUCUUCUUCAACAAGAAAUUGAAGCAACUACAACAACAGUAGUAGAAAGUAUAACAACUGAGCUAUCUUCAACUAUAGCUUCAGAAGAUAGCAAAUCGGAGAUAACAACAGAACUAAAUAUUUCAUCUACCGGUGAUGCAAAAGAAAUUGUAGAAAGCGUAGAAGUUAAAGAACCAAAAGUAGAAAUGAGUCCUACCGAGUCAAGUACAGAACCGGCUGUGAAAUAG